AGUGCAUAACAUUUGACGAGAGGCUCAUUUGUGUCAUGUAAAAUAAAUUAAAAAACUGUAUUAGCAUUACAGCGUUAGCAUUUAAAAGUAUGUUUUCUUCCCACCAGCCUCUGCUCUUUCUGUUUCUAACCAGAUUGUGGAGCUCACUGUGGUUCAGACAUCCGAACCACAGUCAGAGCAGCUGCUGAAGAUACAGACUUCCACAGACAUCGUCCACACUCCAGGUGAGCACUGCACAUCCUCAUGAUGCCUCCUUCCUCCAACUUCAGUGCUGGAGGAGCUGAGCAGGGGAUGGAGUGUAUUGUCAACGACCAGAUGGGACCCUUCACUGUCCUCUACAUCCUCAUCUUUAUUGUCAGUCUGCCUGGAAACCUGCUUUCUGUGUGGGCCUUCAUCCACAGUCCCAGAGCACAGCAGCAGAGCACCAGCGUCUACCUGGUCAACCUGCUAGUGGCCGACCUCCUGCUGCUGCUCGCUCUGCCCUUCAAGAUUCUGAAGGACCUCGGGGCGGCGCCGUGGAGCUUCAUGGUGUUUCACUGCCAGGCCAGCGCUGUCACCAUCUACAUCAGCCUCUAUGCAUCCAUCGCUUUCCUCGCACUCAUCAUUACUGACCGCUACCUGCAGGACUGCCACACGAUGCGCUUUCUGCGGUUGCAGGAGGUCGGCUUCGCCCGGCUGCUGUCUCUGGUCAUCUGGCUGCUCCUGCUGCUCAUCAUGGUGCCCAACAUGGCUCUGCCCAUACAGCAGGUCCAGGUGCAGCAGUAUCUCAGCUGUUCAUCCCUGAAGAAAGACAUCAGCCUUCACUGGCACGCCCUCACUGUCUUUCUCUGCACAGCUUUGUUCCUCAACGCCUCCGCUGCCGUGCUACUCUCCAGCGGAUUGGCUCUCAAAAGACUCCUGGGCAGUCGCAGCAACACCAAACUCUGGGUCGACUCAAGGCACGUGGCAAGGAGCGUGACAGCCGUGGCGCUGGCCUACAUACUCAGCUUUGUUCCAUACCACGUCGUACGGACACCAUACACGCUUGCCCAGACCGAAGUCAUCAAAGACUGCCAGAUCAAGCGGCAGCUUUUUCUGGGGAAGGAGUCAACGCUGCUGCUGAGCGUGCUGCACCUCUGCUUUGACCCCCUGCUCUUCUUCUACCUCUACACACCUUUCAGACACACAGUCAGGAAGAUGUUCUCCUGCAGCAGAGAACAGACAGGCAGCGAUGCAGAGGAGCAGGCUGCAGAGGAAAUGAUACAACAUACAACUUCUGUACAGCAAGAGCUUGCGGUCGAACCACAGAUGCCAACAACUACUUCAAAUAAUGAAUGUUGAAGUACUGAGUGUAAAACAACUUGAAGCAAGACUCCAGUGCAUGUUUAGCCAGUGCAUGUUUAGCCUAGCUUAGCAGCAGGACUAAAAAUUCAGAAAGUGAUAGCCUAAAACACACCUUUCAAUUCCUCCAAGAGUCCAAAACUCCACUCCACACCCUGAACUCCAAGCUGCCAAUGCCAAGACUCCUGGACUCAGUAAGUAAGAAACCUGAGAUAAACUUGAAAUCAAUUUGACUUUUAUUUUUAAUCCACUGUUUAUUCAGUAUUUAAUUGUAUGUAUAAUCCUGGUUGUAAAUGUGAUGGGUUGGUGUUAGUUUUGGAGAGUCUUGUUAAUAUAGGGACUAAAUUGAGUCAGUAUCAAAAUCUAAAGUGAACAAUAUCUUCUGAUGCUGUUAAAGGGUCUUUAUAAGCUGGAGGAACACAUACAAUAUAAUGCUGUUUGACAAUCUAUAAGUCAUAAUAAUACUUGAAUGUAUGUAUGUCAGUGAAUCUUAAAUUUUGAGGUAAUAAACAAACAAAACUAACAAAGUGUAGAUUUUAGCCUGUCAUUCUGUGGUUGAACCAGCAGAGAGCAGCAGUGACCACUGUUCAUCACUCUGUUCUCCAUCAUUCAUCUCCAUUCGGUCUUUGUACACUCACAUUAUAAUAGACUUAUCAUGAACAUGUAAGACAGUGUUCGAUUUGUUGGAAAGUGUGUGUAUAUACAGGAUUGUGCAAAACAUGUUAUUUUACCAAAUGCUAUGGGGGGGUACGUUGCAGUUUACAAAUAAUAGUCAUAGUAGUCAGUCAUUGUAGUUAUUACAAACAACUGUCCUUGCAUUAUUAAUGAAAAGGAUGUUAAUAAUAACUAGAAAAUUCCAGGGAAAUUUUGAGUGCCAGGGGGGUACUGCCGGGAUGAGUACAUGAUUUAUUUCUAGUGUUCAAAAGUCACCCUGAUCAUAUUCUGGUUUUGAGAAAUGUCUUGAUAUAAAAGACUCUGAUAUAAAACAAUGUCACAUCCCCAAAUAUGUCAUAUUCUGUGUUGUUUUAUUUAAUAAAACAAGAGGCAACAUGUCUUCAAACUGGCACUUAAAGGGUUAAAAUCCUGAAAACUAAUAACAUUUGGUAGGUUUGAGCAGAACUGAAGUGGUUUACGAGAUGUAUGCAAAAAAAAGCAGAAAAAAAAUAUUGAUAUAUGAUGAUUUUAUAGCAUUUUCUUUGCGUGUCCUUUUUUGGACGCGAGGAACCCCAGAGGGUACAAAAUGUGUUACCAGUGUAUAAUAGACCUGUAACAGUAACUGACAUUAGAUUUUAAAAAUAUGUCAAAAAAGACACUUUCUUGCAGAAAUCCAUACCUUCAGCUGUAACACAGCCAAAAUGAUCAGCAAAUCAAAAAAGAAAAGUGAAGAAAAUGUCCAAAAAAGGAUAGAGGGACCCCUGAGGAUUAAUAAAUCUCCUGAACUGCUAUUUAAAUUACCACUAUUAUGUUUUUUUCUGUGCUAAAUUUAACAUUACUGGGGAGGAGAGCAACGCGACUAGAAGUGACAGCGAGAGAGGGCUAGUAGCUUCUCCUCUCCUCUGUCUCAGCGGAGACUGUCACAACUUCAUUCACUCUUUUAACAAAACAAAAAAAAAAGCAAUGAAGGAAGCAGUAAAUGGACUUACAUAUUUAAGACCUAACUAAAUGUAAUUUAAGACCUAACAUGCGGCUAAUGUAAAGCUAGCGGAGCUUGGAGAGU